UGUAUUUCGGUGACGGACGGUCGUUGGCUGAAGUUGGGAGAGCCAGCUGGCUGGAAGGACGGGGAUACUUAGAUGUCAGUAGACGCGCCAGUUAGGCGAAAAUGUCGGCCGGAAGGAGCAAGAUGCUGACUUGAACCAUAUUCAGAUUUAGCAAGGCCCUCCUACCCUUUAAAUGUCUCUACCUUGUUCAUGGCCACUAAGAAGACGCUAGAGAUGGUUCUUCUUGAGGAUGGGGUGACUCCCCCCACGGCACUGCCUGCAGCUGCUUCACCACCUGCCCGCUCUGUAACCCUGAAACCAGGGAAGGCAAGUGAAGGUGGAUUGGAACAUGGAUCCACAAUUAUCUCCAAAAAGGAAGUUCUUAAGGUAUCUGCGACCCUUCCGACACGGAAACUUCCUGCCAAAGUAAAUUCUGACAAUCUCCCAGCUGACAGCACCUGCAAGGGGGUCAAGGUAACACUGGACAACAAUGGUAUGUGGAAUGAGUUCUUCAGGUGUCAGACAGAGAUGAUUCUGACGAAUCAAGGCAGCAGGAUGUUUCCAUACUGCCGCUUUCGCAUCAGUGAUUUGGAGCCCACCAGGCAGUACUCUCUCUUUCUGGAUAUUCAACCUGUGGACAACAGUCAGUACUGCUGGACAGGUCAGAGCUGGCAGGUGGCGGGGAAGGCAGACAGUCAUGUGAAGAGUCAGCUGUUUGUUCAUCCUGACUCCCCAGCUGCAGGUCGGCACUGGAUGCAGAACCCAGUGUCCUUCUACAAACUCAAACUCACUAACAACCUCUCAGACAAGGAGGGUAACAUUAUCUUGCAUGCACUGCAGCGCUACCUGCCACGGCUUCAUGUGAUACCAUCUGACAAAUCUCCAAAAGACCUAAAACUCGAUGGGCCUCAUGUUGUUACAUUCACUUUCCCCCAGACGGAGUUUUUUGCGGUCACAGCCUACCAGAACCCACAAUUCUCCAAGCUGAAAGUUGACUACAAUCCAUUUACCAAAGGACUGAAAGAGGAGGGAUCCACUUCCUUUUCCCUGAAGCUGAAGUCAGCAACCAGUAAAGAUUCUUACAAAGAGGAAAACUCAGCCAGUGAGCAACAUCCUCUAAGAAGGAACUUGAAGUCUUUGCUGGAAAACCAUAAGCCUAGAAGUUCAAAAUCACUGGAUCAGAAGACCUCCAUGGUAGAUGACCAGAAAACCACUGCUGCAGACAAAGUUAAUUCAGCUACCAAGGCCACUGAGGAAAGUUCUCGCAGUAGUGAACAACCUGCUCAGAAGCUAUUUUCUGAGCUGAUACGGGAGGCUCACGUAUCACUAAGAAGAUGUAAUGUGGAGAAAAUGUGCAUUAAUAACAGUACUCUCUGCAGAGUGAAUCUGACUGACAUAAUGAGGACAGCUAUCAAACCCAAAGGAAACGAUGCUGAAAAGGACAGUUUACCUCCAGAAAGUCCUUCUGCAAAGAUGAGGGAAAAGGUUUCCAGGAACAUUGAUUUGAGAUCUUCUAAGCAGGACAAUGACCUUCCUAUUAUGACUGACAGUACUACAGCUAGUCAUAAACCACAAGCUGCUUUUGUUUCAGUCUCCAAAGUGUUACUAAACUCCCCUGUUAUCUCUGAGUGCAGAACUAAUCCUGAAUCUUCAACUGAAGAGAAGGUGAAUCCUCCUAAACGGCCCUCGCCCGGCCCGCUGCCUGCACUUGCACUUUUUCUGAAGCAGCAUCAGUUGAAAUCUAGACAGCUCAAAACCAGACCCAAGUCCCUAACAGAACUUAAAAAUGAAUCCCCAGUCUCAUCUGCUCAUUUUUCUGAAGCACCUGCCAGUCAUACCAGGGAACCAAGUGAUCCUGCUGAAAUCACCAAGCCUGGCAGCCAGGCCGCCUGUCCAGCCAGUUCAAAUCAUUCUGUCAGCCAGGUAUCUCCUACUGUUGAUCAUGCAGUUGACGUUGAAUGUUUAGGUCCUGGUCCUUCAGGCCAACCUGCAGUACCUACUGCAGAGCAACAGGUACACGGAACUGAUUUAGUCCCAGUCCCAGACCUUUUGUUGCCAGAUGGUGCCCCAGAGUCACCUCGCUCAGCUCAGCCAUGUAAUAUCCCUGAGCAAACAUCCACGAUCUCGUCUCCUACCGACCCCUCUUCAUCUCCCAUGUUUUCACCAGCUCAUCUCGCAGAGUUAGCGCCACCUAAUGCUCCAGAGUCUGUAAUAGUAUCACCAAGCUUGUCUGAAUCCAACCAUGGCCCCUCACUACCUCAGUCUGACUGUUCUUCAUUUUGCUUUGAGCCUCUUCCUUCCCCACCAGUCUCCGUUCCUCUAGACUCUCAUCCUGCUUACUCUGAUCCAACUUCAAAAGUUUCACCACCUGGACAGUUAAAUAUCGACGGUCCAGGGUCUGUCUUGAAAUGGCAUACAGUGUUACCUCCACCUGAGUCCUACUUAAGCACAUUUACACCAUUUCAACCCUCCCCACAACCUCCAUCAUCCUCUACACAGACCUCUCGCCCCCCUCUGUGUUUGUCUCCCACUUUCUUGAACCAAGAGGUUAUCGACACUGCCGCAGCCUCUCCUUCCUCUGACCCAGCAACAUCAUUUCAAGAUAACGACCAGUCGUUCCCAUUCCCGGCUGAACUAUCUCCCCUGGCGCUUCAGUUAUCGUUGUCCCCAACCUUUUCUUCGUUAGAUGGAGACGUCUUGUCGCCUGCGCCUUCAAUAACAGACCUCAUGCACUUCUUUUCUAAUGAUGAGGACCUUGCUAUGGAGGUGGAUUUUUCAAACACUGAACCAGUUCCCUGCCCCCAAGGCCCUUCCCUGCAGGCACAGUUGCUCCCGAUCAACAAGCCCCAGAAAAGCAGAAAGAAAGGGAGUCGGGCACGUCCAGGUAAAAUGGAUGCGAAGAGGGCUAAGACUAUGGACACCAGCAUGGACAGCAGCAUGCAGCCCAGCCUGGAGGAAGUGGAGGAACAGUUAUUUGUUUCUUUCACAUCAAAGGAAGCACUAAAACUCCACCUCGGGGAUUUGAGUGACGUUCCAGCGGUGACAUCACAACUUCAGCAAUCCACAGAGGCAACUGAGAACGGGAGCCUGGAGGAAAGAUUAGCUGGCUUUGAGAAGGUCCUUCUGAGGGAUCUGAAGCAUAUGAAAAACAAACAAGUCAUCCAUCCUGUGUUACAGGAAGUUGGAUUGAAGCUGAACUUGCUGGAUCCCACCCUGACCAUUGACCUGCAGUACCUUGGUGUUCGACUGCCAAUCCCACCACCGGGAGACACUAUGGAGCUGCCGCCUGAAGCACUGACUCCGUCACAAAGUGUUUCUACUGCCUUUAUGUCGCGGACAGGAAAGACAACAGACGUCACUCAGAUUAAAGGAUGGAGAGACAAGUUUUCUCCACCAGAGCUGUCUUCCACUCCAUCAUCCAAAUGUGAAGCUGGCCCCAGCUCAGAACCCACCUCCAAGAAUCUUUCGGCGUUCUGCAGUGACAUGUUGGACCAGUACCUGGAGAACGAGGGUAAGCUGAUUGACGAGCGUGCUGCCAGCUUCUCCCAGGCCGCCAUGGAGCCGGUGACCUAUGAACUUCCCACCACAAGCACCAGCUAUGUGCGAACACUGGAUAAUGUCCUCAAAAAACAGCUGCCCACCUCCCCCACCUCAGCCCUUAUAUCUGGUUUCAUACCACCCUCAAAGAGACCCAGACUGUCCCCCAUGGGCACCAGAAAGUCAAAGCAAGGAGAAAAGAAGCAGAAGGUUGCAUGUUCUAAACCAAACAAAUACAAACCAGGAAGUGUUAUCUCUCCUGUCUCAACACCCACACCCAACCCUGCUGCCACUAUAUCUGCACCUAAUCAACCCACAGCUGAGCCCCCAGCUCUCCUUAAGACACCCAGUGACCCUGCCCUGAAAGUAAAGAAAAAUAAACUGAGUAACACCAAGACAGAGACGGCCAUAUCACCAUUAGAUCUGAUAACACCUAUAAACCACACACCGAAGGAUACUGCCUUAAAGAGUAAGAAACUCAAAGCCCAGACCCAGGAUCAUUCUGCCUUAAAGGCCUCUCCACCGGCGAUUUUAGAAGACAUGUCUCCUCUGGAGUCUGACUCCGAGCUGGGUCCUUUUGCGAACUCCAGAGCCCACGCCAGGCCGGUGAUGACCAGGGCCCUGCUGAAGCAGAAGGACCUGGAAGAUGGAGUGGUCUGGGAGGGGCGACUCAAGACCUGUGUGACCGAGGAGAGGGCCGCCAUCGCUCUGACUUCUCUCUUUACGUUAGGGGGCUUUGUUCGAGAGAAUCCCACAGCUCCUAUCCAGCUCAUUAAACGGCGAGCCCCACCUUGCCUGAACGACUUCUGCCGACUGGGCUGUGUGUGCGCCAGUUUGGCGCAGAGCCGCAGGGUCACUCACUGUGGAAAGGACCAGUGCAUCUUCGGCUGCAGCUGCCUCCGGCAGAAAGUGGUGCUGCUCAAGAACCUGGAGGGUUCGGACUCCAGCCCUACCGAUGGCGGUAAAUUCAAGAAGAGGAGGAAGAAGAGGAUGAAGAUGGCCUAUGUUCUGAGGGAGUCAGAAAAUUUUUCCCAGCCGGCCCAGCAGGUCAAAACGCUAUGGAUGAAGAUAGACCCAGACCCAGAACCCAUCUAUGUCCCAGAACCUGUCUACCUUCCGUCCCUCACCUCUGGCAAAGUGGGCACAUGGAGCUGUGCCAGGGUCAGAGGUUACCAUGGCAGGAUGACCCAUCAACAUAAACGCAGUCCCUCCACUGAGAAGGAGUCAGAAGUCCAGUGUAAACCUGAGAAGAAUAAAACCCCUUUGCGUAAGAAAACCAAGGUGAAGCAGUCUACUCCACCAGGCUCUCGUCAGCUGAAUCUGUCUGAGCCUAAAACAAGAACAGUUCAGCCUCCGUCGAAGCGCUUGCUGAUCAUGGCAGAGUGUCGGUGGAAAAACAGCGCAGACCGAAAUCUGGUCCUGCAGCAGGUGUGUGAAGCCAUGGCUAAAGACCAGCUCCAGAAGCCUUUUAAGAUCAAAGGCUACCACAUCACCCCACUGUGUCAGUACAUGGAGCCAGAGGAAAAGAAUGUGUGUGUCUACAAAGUCCGCAUCUCUGGACCCAACCCUGGCCGGAAUACACCCUUCCCCCUGAAAAAAACUGACCAGCUGGGAGAAAAGACUGUGGUGGCAGAGGAGGAAGGAAAAGAGGGGAGCAGGGAGCGGGGUGAGCCGUUGGAGGACUGGCAGAGGGAGGUGGAGGAGGAUUUUGAAGAGGAUGAGGAAGAUGAGCAGAGAGAGACGAGUGAAGAUGCAAUGAAGUCUAGAAGAGAGAAGACGGGACUGAUGAAGAUGGGUCUUCCUUUCCUAACCAGCAUCUCCCCUGCUGGAUUCCUCUCAGCUAAUCUGAAGCAGCCUGGUGGCACCAACCUGCUGGUCCAGGUGAACAGUAAGCCCUACCCCUUGGCGAAGAUCCAGCUUGGAGAGAUGGGGGCACUGCAUCCUGCCAACAGGCUGGCAGCCUACCUGACGGGUCGGGUGGGGUCAGCCAAGCAGCAGAGAGCUCCAGUUCCAACCUCCACUUUAUCCUCCACCAUCACCUCCACAUCCACUUCCACUUCCAGCUCCCCCCAGCAGCCUGCCAUCAGCCAGGGCUCCACACUGACCUCUCAGUCUGUUCCUUCAUCUCUUACUACAGCCGCUAGUGUCGCUAAACCUAAAGUUACCGUGAUAAACCUCCCACCCAGUUCCACAGCAGCAGUGACCCAGGUGAACAGCGGCCUGGUGUCCUUUGUAAAAUCUUCCCUAGGGAGCGCGCUUCCCAGCAAGCCCCAGAUGUUGAUGGUUUCAGUCCCAGACACCAGUGGGUCAGUGCCUAUUCCGGGCCUGCCAACCAAUCCUACUGCACCACCCAGCGCUGUCCAGAGAAUGUUCCUGCAGCCCGUGCGGACAAUAUCAGGCAACCAACUGUACCGCAAGCAGGAUGGUAAACUGGUGCAACUGGUUCCAGUCAGCCAGCUGAAAGGGGUCAGCCAGGGCCAAUCUGUCCCCACCACACCUUCCAUCUCCAGACUGAAGGUUGUUUCAGCCCGCCCCCUCACUGCAGGCACAGGCUUCCUUGGUCAGAAGAGUACGUGCACCUUAAAAAUUAUUCCCAAUAGCAAUGGUAAACCACUCAUGAUCACCUGCCCCAAGGUUCCUGUCCAGAACCAGAUAGUGCCAAUGCCAGGCUCCUUCACACUCCUCCAACCACCCCAUCCCCCAAACACCAACCUGAUCGCUCUCAAACCGUCUGGCGUGCAGGGGGCGAAGCCUGGGGUCAAAACAGUGACAGUAUCCAGUGUUGGGCCAACAUCUAUGGGAGCGGCAGACAUAUCCAAGUUGGUUUGUAAUAAACUCACCCAGGCCGUGGCCCCAAACCAGACAGAAUCCUCUAGUGGAACUCCUCCCAAGCCUCCUGUCGACCUGCCGGGCCAGCCUGGCCAGCAGGGCCGGUUGGUGAGCAGAAGAGAUCUCCCCUCUUCUCUCCAUCCUUCCAUAGAUCUGACUGCCCCAGUGAGCCCAGAGAUGGCCUCCAACCAGAGCCAGUUGGACAUCAUCUGUGUGGAUGAUGAGGCGGAGCCCCCUGAUGAUGGUGCAGGCGGGGCCCAGAGUACCACAGGAUGGCCAACAUUAAACAGGAACCAGAGAAAGGAAGCAGAGGUGGUGGACUUGGUGGAGGAUUCGAGCGGUGAGACUGAGAACUCAUCCGACUUCCAGAAUGACUCAGAUGACAACAGCCACUACAGUCUGGCUGUAGGCAUCAGUAAGAGCAUCCAUAACGCCCUGGAGCAGACCCGCAGGAAGAAACUGUUGAGACGUUUCCAAGUCCUCCGGGAGGAAGUGGGACUGUCCAGUGGGAAAAUGUCCCAGAUAGCCAUCCUGAAGAAGGCCCAGCAGGAGAUUCUGGCACUGAGGAAGAUGAGGAGGGACCUCAAGCAGAAGAAGCAGUUGCUUAAGAAGGAGAGGGCAGAACGUGUCCGGGCCGUCUCUCAGAUGACUGGAGAGAGAAAGGACAUUGUGUACAGGAAGCUCCAGCGCCACUCCACUGACACGACAACCCAGUUUGACCUAGAGGUUUCUGGUCCGUCUAAACUGGUAAAGGAAACACAGGGUGACCAACUCCUGCUGGACAGAGAAGGACGUAAACCCCGGGUGGAGGCAAAUGUGAUGGAAGUAUUGGAUUUGUUGGAGGAGACAGAUGAGCAGACAGACAACUCAUCUGAUGAGUGUGUCUCUGCUAAGAAAGACACCAUCAAAAUCUCAAGUGAUGAUGAUGACAACGUGGACAUUGAGACGGUGGAGGAUUGUAAUCUAAUGAACUUGGCUCAGAGGAGGCUGACAGUCAUGACCACGAACUUGAACUCAGACCCCGGUUUGCCUGUGAAGGACUCUAGUCAACAUCGGCUGGCGGACAAGUUUAAGGCUGUGAAGGCAGCACUGAAUUUGGAAGCUAAGGGCGUCUCGAAAUGCUCCCUCAUAAAGCUGGCCCGUAAGAAGAUCAACAUGUUACGAGAUGAAGGGGAGAAGCUGGAGAAGUUGAAGAGCAAUUUAAUGCAGCAGCGAGCCACCUAUAUCAAGGACAUCUCGACACGGUCAGGUAAGAGCCAGCUCAAGAUUUUGAGGAAGUUACAGUUUCUCGCUGCUAAACAGAGGAGACUGGAAAAGGAUCAGAGGAGAUGCAAUGCAGCUAGAUCACCACCAGGGGGCGAAUCGAAUGCCGCACAGUCCACCGCUUUACCCCAGCCUACAACAGAGCGCCCUCCCCAGGAAGAACAUCCAGCACAUCUCCAAGCCCAGCAGACUGCCCAGCAGUCCCACACCAACCUCCAGCCCAUGAUGAGGGUGCCAGCACCCAUCCUCACCUCAUCCAUUGUAUCCCAAAAUGCAUCAACGAUUUGGGACCAACCGAAGACCGUUCCUAAUAUCCCAUCUCAUAAGAAGAACCCACAGGUUCCACCAGCAGGGGCUACAGUACAGGCUGAGGUUCUGUCUCUGGUUGGGACUGCGUUGCCUGGGCAACAAGUCCUCCCCCUGGGCCCCCUCUCCACCGUACCCACCAUGCUGCAGAGCGCUACUACACCAGGAGUAGCAUCUGUCACCCUCAGCAUCUCUAGUCUGGCCAACCAGCACAUCCAGCUCACCUCUCUUCCUCAUGCCACACCUGGCCAAGUGUUCAGCACUGCCGCCCUUCUGACUGCACCCAAAGCUAACCUCGCAGCUCCCAGCUUCCCCAGUGUGCUGCACCUCGUUCAGCCCACGUUACAACCACAAACAGCAGCAGCCACCAGGACCCCGGAUGUUCCACCACAGCCCUUCACCCAGAACCAAGUCCCAGAUCUGCUCCAGGUCCAGGAUUCGGCCCACAGUCAAUAUCAGCUCCUCACUCCUGGAGAUCCUGUACCAUGGGACCCGGGAGCAGAAUCUCCAGCUUCUUCUGAGCAGAGAGCAGAAUCAGGAGCCAUACUCCCUGCAGUACAACCUCCUGAAAAGAUGGAGCAUUUUCUAGAGGAGAAGGAGAUGAUGGGAGGAAAGGAGGUAGCGGGAGAUAGAGAGGGAGAGGAGGAGAGCAGCUUCGAGGAGAGCUUGACAUCUCUUCUCAACGAGCUCGUUUUCCUUAACCAGCAUAUCUGCAACACAGACGAGCUCUCAACCGGUGUUUCCUUCCUGGGAGGCCCAGAGGAGUUUAUAGGAGGAGCGGAGGAGGAGAAGGAGCUCGGGAAAAAGCCGAACCACAGCCAGCCCGUUAGUCCUUUGCCGCAAGAGCAAGAUGAGGACUGGAGCAGGAGCACCACAGAGGAGGUGGUCGUGUUGAACUGUCAUGCGCAGACUGGACAUUUACAAAACCCACAAUGCACCGCAAAGCCAGGAGCCCCAACCCUGCCCCCGCUGCUACAGAUGAAGGUGGGUGAGGGCGGAGCUAAAGGGGAGGAAUCCACCAAUGAGAGAACAGGAGGGAACGGUAGGGGACUGACGUGGAGACCAAUGCCUCGACUGGUUCCGCUGGGACUAAAGACCAACCCCCAAGUGUAGACCAGAUCCUGGAAGGUCCAGACCAUGUUUAACAGCGUGACUUGGGGGUCAGUCAAAAAGUCUUACUUCCUGAUGGCGUACGCCCCAGUGGCCCACCUGGUAGAGCGCGUGCCACAUAUGGCUGAGUCCUUACCGCAGCAGCCUGGGUUCGAACCCAGCCCGGGCUCCUUGCUGCAUGUCAUCCCCUCUCUUCCCGGCCCUUCUCGUCUCUCUCCACUAGUGUUGUCCAAUAA